AUGAAAUGCCAAUAUCUUGUCCCUAUUGAGAAUGUAUGUCUUAGCAAAAUUAAGACCUACAAGAAUUUUCAAAAUGUACAUAACUCAGUAUUAAAGUUCUUAGGUUCUCACCAUCUUUCCCUUUCCCUAGUAGGCUUCCCAGUCGUAUGCCUUCCAAGAGAAACGCUGGUUUGUCAGUUGGGAAUUCAGAGUUUCUGCAAGGACCUGGUCGAAGUGGCAGACAUUUUGGAGAAGACUAGAGAGUACAUUUCUGAAGAAACAGAGCCUGGGGACCAGAAGCUCACUUUGGAGAAGAUCUUCCGAGGCUUGUCACUUUUAGAAGCAAAGCUGAAAAGUGUGUUUGCCAAACAUGGCCUGGAGAAGAUGACACCCAUCGGUGACAAAUAUGACCCUCAUGAGCAUGAACUCCUCUGUCACGUGCCAGCUCGUGUUGGGGUGCAGCCUGGCACCGUGGCGUUAGUAAGGCAAGAUGGCUACAAGCUUCAUGGCCGCACCAUUAGACUUGCCCGGGUGGAAGUGGCAGUGGAGUCUCAGAGAAGACUAUGAAUGGGCCAUGAGGAACCGAAUGUUCUCCCAGGGUACAGUCACCUGUGUUUCCUUUAUUUAUUAAACUAGGUUUGUAUUGUACAUGAGGUACUUCAUGUGAUCUGUUUUGGAUUUAGUCAUAUUGGCUUUAUUUCUAAGAUACUCUACUGAUUUAAUGUGACCUAUUUGGUCUCAUCAGAAGUCUUGCCAUUGGGCAUUUGAACAAUGUGACAAGUGAUCCUAUGGCCUUUGUCCAAAUAUGUUUAAGAAAAUUAUUUUAAAAUUGGUACUCUGAUGACUAUCAAUUGAAAAUCUUUUUAAAAUGUGGAAAUGAGUAUAUGCUUAUGUAUUUUCAACUGAAUGUUUCUUUCUAAUGGUCCCUAUAACAGGAAUUAUAUAGGAUCUUGUAUUUCAUGGGAAAAGGAGAUGGUAGGGAUUGGUUCAACAUCUGGGUGCUUAGAUGAUAAAGCUUUAGAGUUACAUGAAUUUAGAUCAUUUGGGUUGGUUUUUAUACACAUAGAUUUUUAGGAUUUCCCCUUUUUAUUUUAUUUUCCUUUUAGCCAUCUUUUGUCCUUGUAGUCCCCACCAGGUAGGCCAUAUGCACACUCAUUGUCCCUUUCCAAUUCCCAUUUACAAGGGCUAAUUAAGGCCCAGACAAGACUUGGGAGCCAGAGCAGCAUAAUAGAGCUUAGGCUCUGUAGGCAUAGAAAUGAAGUAUCAAGAAAUUCAAGAUACCAGGUUCCUUUCUAGCGAGUAUGAUCAAGAAUCCGUGUGCUUUCUUUGCUGAGUUACCUUCCAGUAAUUUUCGGCCUCCCUAGGUAUAUAAUUAUUUCAGGGAAACCAAGGCAGCACCAAUAGCUAAUGACCCAAAUCAGUCUAUGUAGGUAAUUUACCUACAGCUUUUCUCUCCACUAGUCCUUAAAUUUUCCACUUUGUCAGAUUUGCCUCAUCAUCCUUUAUUAGAUUAUGCAGGGAGGUGGUCAGGACAAAAAUGUUAGGUUUCUACGAUUUCUCAUUUCAUUUAGUUAUGCUGAAUUUUUUUAUUUGGUACUCACAAAUCACUACCUCUCUCACACUGAUAAGCUUUAUUUUCUAGUUUUCGUAUCUUUCUUAUAUUACGUUUAUUAACAUCUAGCUGUCCUUUAUGUAUUGACCUCCUAGAAUUAAUGAGCCUAUAUGUUUUUUACUUUUUUUAGCCUUGCUUAUGGCUGGUGUUCUGUAAAAGAUUUGUUCAAUAAAUGAGCAAGUGAAUGACCUAUCAAUCAGACUUUAGAAAGGAGGUCAAUUAUGGAGAUUUUAAUGUUAGAAGAGGCCUUAAUGAUGAUCUCAUCUCACCCUUUCAGCUUCUUAAGCAUGAAAACGUCUUUUUGGGACUGGACUCAAAAAAUGUCUAAAACUAGUAAACUAAAUUUCAGUGAGAACUUGAAUAAGGAACAACUAGAUAUUAACUUUAAUCAUUUAAGAUCCAGCAGUUCUAUAAUGAACAUGCAAAUAUGUCCCCAGUGGACAAAGAUUGUUAGAUGUCCAGAUUGCAUAGGUUCAGGCUUUUUAAGUUAGUUAUCCAUAACGUAAAUCCAUUUCUACUGGAACUUUAUGACCCCAUCCUGUGGAGUAUUAAAAGUUAUCCUCUUAGACAUCAUAGAUAGUUCUAGCAGACUCCUCAUAUGUAUCAAUAAAGCCAUCCCCCAGUGGGCCCUGCCAUCUCCACCAGAAUUAGAUACUUAAAAAAAACAAAUGAGUGCUCUUAAGAAGCAAACAAAAGACUGGUGGUAAGAUUUUAAAACCAGAACCUCUUUGGGCUUUCCACUAAGUGCAUACUGUAAAUUUAAUGAGCAGUUGGAUUUCACAAUAGGAAUUUGUCUUUUUUUUUUUGCCUUCAUUCCUUUGAGAUUGACAGAUGGUGGCAACAAGAAAAGGAGCCAAUUGCAAUUACCUAUGUGUUCUUGAAUUACUAGCUGUCAUUAUCAGUGAAUUAGAACAACCAUCAUUUUAGGUAUGGAAUGUUCCAAGUACUUGAAGAGUUUUCUAAUACUCCUUGCAAACUCCUGUUUUAGCAAGUAGAUUGAGAAUAACUUUAAGCUCUUUUAUUAUUCAGUAGUUAUGCAGACUUAAAAGUGUAAAUUUAGAAGAUGGAGCUACAGUGGUAAGAAUCCCAAAAACUUGGGCUUUUGGGAGCCAGAGCAGCAUAUUAGAGCUUAGGCUCUGGAGGCAUAGACUUGAACAUAAAUCCCAGCCCAGUCACCUGUGUGAUCUUGGGCCCCAGUCAUUUCACCCUUCUGAGCCUGCUUCCUUGUUUGUACAAUGAUUAUAAUUCCCUCACAGUAUUGUGAGGAUUAAAUGAAAUGUGUAAAUUGUCUACUGCAGUAGGCCCUCAAAUAUUUAUUUUUAUUACUUUUUAUUAUACAUGUUAUUUUGCCUAUGUUUUUAUAGCUGCCUAAAGUCUAGGGAAAGGGGAAAACUGGUUAAGUGCUGCUUCUCUAUAAAAAAAAAUUGUAAUUUAAUCAAUCACAGUGACUUAUUUUCCUUCUAGCUUCUGGUUUUUUCUGUUUUUUUAACUGUAAUGCAAAAAAUCCACACUUUUAGACUGGAGGAGCAAGAAAAUUGUGUCUGUGCUCUUCUUUACUUUGAUCUUGAUGGUAAAGCGAAAAGAUGUUGUAGGCCUGCAGAUAUGUAAGGAAGCUUUGGCUCACUUGAAGAGGGGAUCCUGGUGUUUUAGUACAUGGAUUCUACAAACCUUGUACAGAUUUUCUUCAGUGUCAUAAGGGAAUCAGUUUGAUACUGAUAAGUUAAUUGGUGCUCUUUCAUGGCAAAGGAUCUGAUAAGUGAAGAAAGGUUCUUGUACACUAAAGCAAAUCAAAUAGGGAAAACUAAGGAUGAAAUAGAAUAUUCAGAGGCAACUUCAAUAAAACCUGAAUUGACAUAACUGCA